ACUGAAUCGAUUCAGAGGAGCAAGUGAUUAAUUUAUCGAGCCAUCAUUUUCAUGCUAUAGUAAAGCAACUGUUAAUUCUUUUAUUCAAUAUUAACUUGCUUGCUUGGACGGCAAUUGGUCCGAUCCUUUUAGUUUUAAUCUAAAUGCUUUGUCUUGCAGGCCCUGUUUGAUUUGGGCCCUAGUACAUGUAGCACAAAUUUUGAUCAAUAAUUAGGGCUAUUAAAUAAAGUCAGUUUGCAAAACUAACUCCACAACCCCUGCUACUUUGCGAGACGAAUCUAAUGAGGCAUUCGACCGCACGAUUAGAGAAUGAUUACUGUAGUAUUACUGUAGACAAUCAUCAAUUAAUUACCGUUAUUAGAUUCGUCGCGAAAAGUUACACCCAUCCGUGAAAAUGUUUUGCAAAUAAACUUCGUUUAGUACUUCAUGCAUGCAAAACAAAAUUCGUGCUAGGAAUAGCACAAAGAAACCAAACGGGACAUAUGAUUUGACUGCAACUAUUAAUUGACCACAACUUUUGAUCAUCUUAAAUCCUUAGGAUUGAAUUAUAUCUUCAUGUCUUGGUUGAUUAAAUCUUGCAGCCUUGGUUAAGUGAACCUUUUGUGAUAGUGUUGCUUGAGCAGAUUGCCUUGAGUUUGCUUCCGCUUAGUCUCGAGCUUUCGGCGUUUUUUGCUUAAUCUUUGCUUCCGCUAUGUUGUGCCUUGCUCAAGUAAAUUGCGUUUUGCUUGCUUUCGCUUGAUCCCUAUCCUCUAGGUACAGCGUUUGCAUCAAUAGAGAACUUUUUCCUCUGUAUGAAUCGAUAUUAUUCCAAUUUCGUCCCGAAACUUCCCAAGAAAAAUCUCGAAUUGGAUCCAAAAUUGACGGGUUAAUGUGAGCUUAUCCAUGUGGUUAGGCACUUUUCAAAUAGGAAUCCAUUUUCUAACUGGCUUUCGUGCUUUGGUGAGUCGUCCGAGAUCCUUUCGAUGACCUAUGUUGUCUUGAAGGGAUAUCUAUAUGAUCCGAUCGAUUGCAUAAGACCCGCAGUAGCAAUAGAACGGGGAAAGUAUACAGAAAAGACAGUUCUUUUUAAUUUCGAUUAUCUAUAUAUUAGUUCGUUUCUAUUUCUAGAUAUCUAUUUCUAUAUAUUAAUAUUAGUUAGUAGUACUAUUCUAUUAGUUAGCGAUCCCGGCUCUGUGAGUUCUUUCUUCCGUGAUAAACUGUCGGCACCAGUUCUACAUUUUUUCUCUGUGGACCGAGGAGAAAGGGGGCUCCGCAGGAAGAGGAUUGUACCAUGAGAGAAGCACAGAGGUCAACCUGCUUCAAAUAUGGAACAUGGAUUCUGGCAAUGCAACGGAGUUGGGUCCUCAUAUCGAUCCGAAUGAAUCAGUCUUUCUGCAGAGGUCAAUCUUUGCCUAUUAGGCAAGAGGAUAGCAAGUUCAAAAUUCUGUCUCGGUAGGACAUGGAUUUCUAUUACUAUGAAAUUCAUAAAUGAAAAUGAUGUAGUUAAUGGGAGGGCUACCAUUAUCCUUUUUCUUGUAUGUGUUCCUAAGAGAAGGAAUUUGUCCAUUUCAUGUUUCGAGGUCUCAAAAAAAGGGCGUGGAAACAGAUAGAAAUUCUUGAAUGGAAAUUGAAAAGAAAUGUAGCCCCAGUUCCUUCGGAAAUGGUAAGAUCUUUGGCGCAAGAAGAAGGGGCGACCCAUAUCAUCUUGACUUGGUUCUGCUUCCCCUCUUUUUUAAGAAUACCGGGUCGGGCGUCAAGUUUUGCCUAAUCGUUCCUAAGAUGAGCAUGUCACCAGUUGACUCGUGUCAUCUUGGCGAUUAGAAGAGAGGUGUUUUGGUAGUGGAUUGGAGUUAGCCUUUUCGGAGAGAUUUUUAUUGGCUCUCAUUCACCCCCUCUGGUCGCUCGUCCCGAUCCCACACUUUGUUUAUCACACAAGAGACUCACGGGCAACUGAGAUUAGAGGGGAAUAUUAUAUGCAAGAGCCUUUUUUCCCCUCCAGUUAUGCAUCUUGCGUCCUUCCGUAGAAAUCAGUGCCACUUGGAGUUCUUGUUUUUCUAUUUUGUGGAUUCUUGGCUAAGUACCUUCCUUUUGAGGGCCUCGAAAUUUCAGUUACUGUUUGACAUUUAGUCCACUGUGACAAAAGUGAUAUUGUACCAAUUUACUACCUGAUUUUCCAGGCAGUAAAUUUUGGCUUUGCUUGCGAAUCCCUUGUAGGUAACUUUGGCGAGGUUGGUUGAGUUUGUCUCAUUGAGUUUUGGGGCUAUCUUUUGUUUCACAGCAACCUGGCAGAAACUUCGUCCCUACUCCAUCCUUACAGAAUGAUUCCUUUGUCUCAAGAAUCUGCAACUGAGAAAGGCAUUGGGGAACACGAACAAGAGAUUGCAAGCUAUUUAUGCAAAGGAAGCGCAUGAGGAGAUUACAUCUAACCACUGCAAGGAUGUUGCACAUAAAUCCAUUGAAGAAAACAAAGGCCAUCUGAUCUGAUGCAUGAGACAGGUCAGAUCAGAUGGCCUUUGUUUCCCGACCUGCCACGGAGAAGGUGUACCUGGCAGUGGGGAAUGACGAGAAGCAGUGCGAGUUUUUCCUGCUAUGGGCUAAAAACUUCAUUCCACCCCAGAAACCAUUAGUCGUUCUCCACAUCUACAGGCCAGCCACAACAAUCCUACAUGUGGGACUGGGAGCUCCAAUGGUUGCAAGUAUGUUAAGGGAAGAUCUUGUUCGCGAUUAUCGGAAAGAUGAGAGGGACAAUAUUAAGAUCUCCUUGAAGAAGUGCUUGCAAAACUGUAAGGUCCAAGCAAAGAUGCUGAUUAUUGACAAACAUGAUGUUGCUCUUGCAAUUUUGGAGCUCAUCAACAAGCAUAAGAUUACCACACUCAUCAUGGGAGCCAAAAACAGACAUGACGGGAAGAGCAAGACAGCAAUCAUUUUGGAAAAACAAGCUAAUCCUUCAUGCAACAUUCUGUAUCUCCAUGAAGGGAGUCUCAUUUCAAGCAGGCAUCAGCGUGUUGAUGUCUGCACAGCCAGAAAAAAUGAGAUGUCUUCUUUGGGAGGCUUCCACUUUUCAGGCAGCAGCAACACCACCACCAGUAAAUCCUCUUCAUUCUUCAACUCUCGUAGCACAGCCAACACCUUUGAUGCAGAACAGUUGGAUGAUCCUUCUCUUGAUAUCAAUCCUACACACAUAUUCAGUGACAACAGGUUCGACGCCAUAAUUGGUCUCAAGUCACUUGGCACUUUCAAGGAGCUAGUUAGCUGGCGAAUUUCUGCGGAGAACUCAAGAGAUUUGUACCACGAAUUUCAUUCCAAAUACUGUGACAUCUUAGCCAGGUGUGAUUUCAUUGGUGGCUUUGGCUCUGUUCUUGGUUUAGACUGCCAAAAUUUGGGGAAAGCACACUGGAAGUACAUGAGGAGCUGGCCUGCAGUGUUGGAUUAUAUUGUCAGUAUUAUCAACACAUUGCACAUGCAACUCAAGCAGAAGCAUCUUUCAUGUGAUGGAUUUAUACAUGAAGAUCUUUUAGAAGCAGCAAGAAAACCUUUGACUCGUCUGUUCACUGUUGCUUCAGCUAUCUGUGCCCAUGAGAUCAGGGAGCCACCCGAGAAGCUCUUCUGCAUAUUGAACAUUUACACAUCACUCGCGGAUGUCAUCCCCACUCUCAGGAAUGUGUUCCAUACAGAGUCUAUCAGUAGAGAUGCUGAGGGCCUUCUUGCUAAACUGAAUGACUCUGCGAGGGAAAUAGUUAAAGAGGCUAAAAUAUUGAUUCAAACUUAUAGCUCACAAACAGCAGUGCAGGAUGGAGGAGGUAUCAUGGCACUCACUGGGUAUCUCAUGAGGUACAUCAAGUUGCUAGUAAAGCAUAGGAGUUCACUUGAUACCAUUCUAGGACAUGGUCACAGUGAUGAUCUGUUGACAUUUGAGGGAAUGAACUCAACAUGUCGAUUAGUAUCUGGGCUUAUUGCUGACUUGGAUAUAGUGCUUGAGAAACAUUCCAAGUUACUGUCUUCUAAAGAACUCCAGUGCUUGUUUUUGAUGAACAACACAUUUCAUACUACAGGAAAUCAAGCAAUCAGAUGUACGGUUAAUUGUAGGAUCCAGGUGGAUUGGAAAACGCCAGUACUGUAUCAAGGAAUACAUGAAGGGUUACCUAACUGCAGCAUGGGGACCAGUUACGAAUUUGUUGACUGUAAAAAGCUUAUCACCUAUUUGCAGACCUUUGUAUUUUCAGUUGGGAUGGUCUACAUGUUGAUAUUUUCAGGCAUAGAACCGAAGGCAGCAAGCGUGGAGGAUAAAGACAUGAGAGCUAAAACAACAAUAACAAUAUUUUCCUUCUUCCAGUUUGGAGAUAUGGUAGCGGAUAUGGAGCGCCGGACGAUGCAGCUGCUGCAGGCAGUUUUAGCACCAGAAGCAAGUGGGGAAGAAGAGAAGGUACACCUGGUGUUGUCCAUGGAGGAUGGUCACAAACUGCAACAGGCUUUGCAACUUGUUCGACCGCAGAGAAAAGUAGUCCUUGUCCAUAUCCACCGGCCGGCAAUGAUGAUCCCAAUCCCAACCAUGGGUGGUACCGUACAUGCAAGCAUAUUGAAAGAUAAUAUUGUCAAGGGCUAUAGGGAUGAACAGAGGGAUCAGGCUCUCCAAGCCUUAGAGGGGUACAAGGAAAUCUGUACUAGAGCAGAGAUUCAAGCAGAGACGCUGAUGACCGAGAACGACAAUGUGUCAGCUGGGCUUCUGGAACUCAUUGCGGAACAUAAGAUCACCACACUGAUCAUCGUUGGUAUUGGCAAAAGUUGGGUAAAUAGAUCGAAGAGAAACUUAGCAGCAGCUUUGAAGAAAGGAGCUGACCCGUCCUGCAAUAUCUUGUUUAUGCAUAAAGGCACGCUCAUCUCUGUUAGUCAACAUGAUGGCAGUGUCUUUGCUUUUGAGACAAAAGGGACACCUUUUUCCAUAAGCAGUCGCCGCCUCUCCCUCUCUUGCAGCAGCAACAGCAGCCCGUCUCCUUUCAUGUGGAGCACACCAUCUUCUCCCUCCAUUUUAUGUGAUUCCUGGAGCACACCCGAUAGUUUGGACCCUUCACAACUGGAUGACCCCUCUCUUGAGAUCGCUGGCUCCAUAGUUGGUGAUAGCAGGCUCACUGCUAUUCUUGGUGAAUCAAUUGAUACUUUCAGGGAGCUAACUGGCUACCUGAAUUUGGUCAGAGAUUCACAUGAAAUGCACCAGGCGUUUCAAUCCAAAUACUCUGAGAUAGUGAGUAGGUGCCAGUUUAUUGGCGGCAUAGAUUCGGUGCUCGGAGCAGACCCCGAGAAUUGCGGGGAGGAAUACUGGAAGACCAUCAAGGCCUGGCCUGCAGCAUUUGAGCAUAUUGUUAGCGUUCUCAACAUAGUGCUGCAACUCGUUAAGCAGAACUGCUUCAAAUACAAUGGGCUCACACCCGACAAGAUUUUUAUAAUUGCAGAGAAACUUAUAGAUCGAUUUCUCGAAGUUGCGUCAGCUGUUGCUAAGGUGAGGAAGUCACCAGAGAAGCUAUUCUGUACAUUAUACAUGUGCAGAGCAAUUGUUGAUUCAACUCCCUCUCUCAAGAAAGUUUUCCCUUCAGAUGUUCUCAGUAGAAUCGACAGCGUCCACACGGUACUGAAUGAUUCUGCCAGGGGAAUACUUCGGGAGUUUAAAGAGUUGAUCCAGAACUACAGCUCACAGAAGGUAGCACAGGACGGAAGCAUCUUGCUGAUAACCGGGUACGUCAUGAGAUACAUCAGAAUGCUGAUAAAUCAUGCUGGCUCACUUGAUACCAUUUUGGACUAUCGUCAGAACAGCGAUCUGUUUUUCUCAAAGGGGAACACCGGUCUGCUGUUGUUUGAGGGAAUAAGCUUGACAGGUCGUCUGGUAUGUGGGCUUGUUGGUGACCUGAAUAAAGUUAUUGAACAAAGGUCUAGAUUAUAUGCUUCUGAGGGACUCCGGUGUUUGUUCUUGAUGAACAAUGCUAACUUCAUAAUCCAGGAGAUGGAGCAUUCGGAUAUAAAGCUGAUCGUCGGAUCUGAGUGGCUUAAGCAGCGCAGGGAUGACUUUGAUAUGCACAUGAGGGAUUACAUGUCCUCGACAUGGGAACAGGUCACGUCUUAUCUGACGGCUGCAGCAAGCCCCCCUCAUAAAUUACUUCGGCCCGGGCUCCUCAGUAUCUUCCACACAAACGCACGCCGCUUGCAGAGUUUCGAUUCUGCUUUCAAGGAAACCUGCAACUCUCAGAUGAACUGGAAGGUGCCGUGCCCAGUUCUUCGGUCCAAGCUCCGUGAUAACAUCUCGGAGCAUGUUACUCAAGCCUACACGGCGUAUUUGGAAACGCUGAAACAGUCUUCGGCGGGUGUUGGAAGGGAUUUUAAGAGCAAAGUUAGUGAACUCUUUGAAGGGUGAGCAGAUAUCGCAUUCUUGGUUUCAACAAGACCAGAAGAUGAAGAAUCCAAGCCCUAGUCCUUUCGUCCCUUCCCUACCAUUUUUUCCUAUGAUGAUAAUUCAGAGUAAAGUGUGCUUCAGACUUGAGUGGUGUAACUGUGUGCGUCCCCCCUCUGUAGCUGAUUGUAGUGGAAGAAUGUUCAAAGUAUGACCAAAAUCCCGACCGUCCCUUUUAA